CAUUUCUUAAGUAAUGGUUUGCGUACUGCAUAUAGAGUAAAGUGUGGAUGACGUUACGUUUUUGGUCAUUCUUAAAAAAAAAAGAAUCCAGAUUUGGAGGUAAAAGGCGAAAAAAACACUAUAGUCGAACAGAAUAGCUCUUUGUGCAAUAGCUCUACAAUUUUGUAAAAGUGUAAUACAUUUAAUGUGGUAAACAAAUAAACAAGUAGUUUGUCACUAGAAUAUAUUUAGACAGCAUUAAAAAAAUAAACGUAAAAAAUGGUAUACGUAACUUGUGGCUCAAACUUCAUUGUAAAAACAAAUACAUAUUCAGUAUUUAGCACGUGAUCAUAAAUAAUUUUAUUAAAUUGCCUAGGAAUAAGUCUUUAACCACUUCCUGGCUAUGGCAGACUCUGGCCCUUGCUGAAUCAGCCCGUUUGGACAUUAACGUGACGAUCCCAAGUCAUAUGACUACCUGUAUGUACUUUUGCUGCUUAGAAGCUGUUGUGGUUGUUGAGAGAUUACAAAAGGAAACGAAGAAGCGAAUGAAACGGCCCGCUUCACUACUGAUUUUUUGUUACCAUGAAGCUUAUCAUUCUUGAUGACUACAAGCAGGCAAGUGAAUGGGCUGCCAAAUACAUCAGAAACCGAAUCCUUCAGUUCAACCCUGGCCCAGACAGAUACUUCACCUUGGGGCUCCCCACGGGAAGUACCCCCCUGGGCUGCUAUAAGAAGCUGAUAGAGCACUUCAAGAAGGGAGAACUCUCUUUCAAGUAUGUUAAGACCUUUAACAUGGAUGAAUAUGUGGGGCUUCCAAGAGAUCACCCUGAGAGCUACCAUUCCUUCAUGUGGAACAAUUUCUUCAAGCACACUGACAUCCGCGCUGAGAACACCCACAUCCUGAAUGGAAACGCACCUGACCUGCAGGCAGAGUGUGAGGCCUAUGAGGAGCAGAUCAGAGCUGCCGGAGGGAUAGAGCUCUUUGUGGGAGGGAUUGGACCCGAUGGACACAUUGCCUUCAAUGAGCCUGGCUCCAGCCUGGUGUCCCGGACACGGGUGAAAACAUUGGCCCUCGAUACCAUCCUAGCCAAUGCCAGGUUCUUUGAAGGGGACCUCACCAAAGUUCCCACCAUGGCGCUGACGGUUGGGGUUGGAACAGUCAUGGAUGCCAGAGAGGUGAUGAUCCUCAUCACUGGGGCUCACAAAUCAUUCGCACUUUACAAGGCGAUCGAGGAAGGCGUUAACCACAUGUGGACCGUGUCUGCCUUCCAGCAGCAUCCCCAGACACUGUUUGUGUGUGAUGAGGAUGCCACACUAGAGCUGAAAGUUAAAACAGUCAAGUAUUUCAAAGGUAUGAUGCAGGUUCACAACAAACUUGUUGAGCCUUUGUCCAGCACUGAAGGAAAGAGUACUGACAUCAAGCCGUCGCCAGUGAAACCCUACAGCGACUGAAGCCCUUGGAAGAGCUCAGUUGAUGAAACACAUGGUGUACAAUUUAUGUGUAUAUAUAUAUAUAUAUAUAUAUAUAUAUAUAUAUAUAUAUAUAUAUAUAUACACUGCUGUGCAAAAGUCCAGAGAAAGCUGGCAGAAGGCACAGGUGUCGUUGUCUGUUGUCCAUCCAUCAACAGUCCAAAGCACCUUUGACCUUUGUUCCAUAGUCCAAUUUCUGUGUUCUUGUGCAUAUUUUAGCCUUUUAGUCUUGUUCCCCUUUCUUAGCAGAGAGAUUCUUACUGCAACACAUCCUUUAAGUCCUGAUUUUAAGAGUGACCUUUAUACUGUUGAUUUGAUGGACAAUGACACCUGUGCCUUCUGCCAGUUCUGUUGUCAAUUCAACAUUUCUUUCUAUUCCUUAAGGAUAUUAUCUUCAAGUAUUGCUCAUCCUUGUUAGACCGCUUUUUGGGUCUUCCAGUCUUGGGUUUGUCAAUUACAGAUGAUGUUUCUUUGUACUUGUUGAUUAUGCUUCGGGUACCACACCUUGAAAUUCAAGUGAUGCGAGCUAUUUCACUCAAUGUUUUUCCUUCUUAUGUAAGUCAAGGUUGUUAUAAUAGUAGAAAACACUAGUGGAGGCUUUGAGUAAAUUGUUGAUGCUCAUAAUAGAAAAAUGCAACAUGUCUAAGACUUUUGCACAGAAGUGUAUAAUAUAUAUAUGUGUGUCUGAGAGCAGAGAUGGCUUUUGAGAAUUUCACUUUAAAUAGAUACUUUUCAUAUUUUAAAACCUAAAAACUGCCAUUGUUGCCGGCUUCUCAAUUGCAAAACUCUCAAUCAAAAACCUGUGGCAUUAAUGUUUGGUGGAAAAAAAAUAAAAAGUUUUGUAUUUCUCGACCAUUUUAAUACAAGAUACUGAUAUUUUGUGAGCAUUAAUAAACUUAAUUUUUUUUUUCUAA